GAGUUUUGGAGUAUUGUGGUGGUGGAGUAAUAUGCCAACAUGGCUACAGCCAACUACUUCGAGCGAAAUAUUAAAUGCUGCAUUAAAUAUGUAUUAAAAAAAAAUUAAUUCGUUUAUUAUCUUGAAGUUAAGAAAUUCAAUCUAGUCGUUAGGGAGCAUGUGGCUGUAUUUCGUGGCGCUAAGAGUAUCCGUAAACAAGUUUAUUAAUUGUGUAUUCUGCUGAUAUUAUUGUGUAUACCAGUGUAUACUUCUGUAUUCGUGUCUGAAAGAAAUCUAGAACUUGGAACCGGUGUUUAUCCGAAUACAUUCCGCAAUGACAGAUUCGGAGAAACUCUUCACUUGCUCCACAUCUGGCUGCAAUAUGAGCUUUACAAAUGAGGAUCAAUUAACGGUGCACAAGAAAAAACAUGACAUGAUGUUAAAUUUAAAUAAUAACUCUAAGAGUGCUGGAUUUGUUGCAGAUCAAACUCCAACACCAACAAGGUUCUUUAAAAAUUGUGAGGAAGUUGGUUUAUUUCAAGAUCUGCAAAACGUGGUCAAUCCUUUCGAAGAAACGUUUCGAAGGGCUGUUGAGGCUGGAAAUACUGGCACACUUGUAGUAUCAGAGACUGGAAUAACGGAUGAUACAUUACAUACUCCACAUAUCUUUCCGUAUAUAUCUGAUGUAUUACCUGCAAAUAGUCAAAUUCUUUCUGAAGAUAAUGUUGAGGUCUGUUCUUCGACUGUAUCUCUCUCCGAAACUACCACUCUUGCGGAAAAAGAUGUACAGGAGGAAAGCGCUCGAAAGACUGAAUGUAAUAGUAUUAAAUUAAAUACAAACGAGACGCAGGACUUGAUAAAAGAUUCGACUGUCGCAUCUGCGAAAGAUAAUGCUCUUCCAACGGAUAUUAUUGUCUCAAGUGCAAAUAUACCUAUAGCACCUAAACUUUCGUCGGUGCAACCUACAUCUCACUUGUCCAUCAACGGCGAGGAAGUGCAAUUGCUACUGAAAACUGCGGACGGUAAAUUAAUGCAGUUGUGCGCGACACCAGUGUCGGAAUUUUCUAAUGUAUCAAAUGUUACUACCGAACCACAAACCGUUGUUAUCAGAACCGAACCGGCUCUGCGAUGCGCAAUGAAAUUGGAGCCUAAGAAAACUGUGAUCUCGAGAUUAUCAUUAGCAAAAAUGAAGCUGAAACAGUCCCUGUCCAAGAAUGCGACCGCGCAGAAUCAAAAGACUGAGGGAUGCGCGAAAACGAAUACGGCGGCCGCUAUGAAGAAGGAGGGUGUCAAGAAAACGAUCGAUCAGCUUAAGAAAAAAGACAUUCUAGAGCGCAAUCGUGCCAGUUCCAUGCGCGCACGGGCCAAAAGAAAAGAGUGGAUCCAAGAACUCCAAAGAACGGUGACCAACGUGAACGAGGCGAACACGGCUUUACAGAUGGAAGUAAAAACUUUACGCAAGGAAGUUGCGAGACUGAAGACUCUUUUGCUCGCCCAUAAAGAUUGCCCGGUCACAAAGGCGAUGCAAAAAGGAAUAAUUCUCGGACCUAAGAUAAUUUCAGUAGAUAAUUCGGAGAUACUUACGGUGCCGAUAUCGGCUAAUGGCGUGCCCGUAAAACGACCAGUUUCCUAUACAACCGAGAUUCCGAACGUGUCGACGAAGAAAUCGGUCCUGUCGAUCGCGAAGAACCCAGUGAUACUCCCGAAGAUGGAUUGCAGUACCGCGAAUCUCGCAAUUCCAAACGCGACGAUCAUAAAGACUCUACCGGCGUUAAAGAUCGUAGGCGUUAAUCAGUUUAUACCGGAGAAAUCGGAGGGAACAAAACAAAUACUGAUUGUGCAAAAUCAACCGAGAAAGUUGUGCGAUACUACACCUAGGCAAAUUAUUCAAAUAAACCCGAAUUACGAAGUUGAACACGCGGCAUCCAAGAGUACGGGAGCGUAAUUCAUUGUUCGCAAAACGUUCGUGCAUUUGUAACGAACUUUUUGUGAUUAAGAUGGUCAGCGAAUAGACGAAUGAAUCGAUUCUAUGAGCUAUACGAUACGUUUUCAUGGAUAGAGCAAAUGUCCAUGAAAAUCUGUCUGUGUAUGUUUCCAGUUUUUUUAUCUCUUCCAUAAUAAAUUAAUUCGCUAACAUUUUCUUGUGAUAUUUUAGCCAUUAUUCUGCAGAUAACUACUGUUUAAUGUAAAUCGCAAACGUAUUCCUAAUGUAGAGGAAUGUGGAAUAAUAGAGGGAGUACCAAUAUUUUAUAUUAUUUAUUGUGUUUACAGUAAAACAAUUUUAUUGAAAA